CUGUAACGCUUCGCCGGGGGAAACUCUGUUUAAGUCUGUGAAGAAAACUCACUCACCUCAUCCAAAUCCUGUUUAAUGAACACAACAAGAAGAAAAAUUUCUUCCAAAAUCUCAAUCUCUCGAACAUCUUUUUUGAGUGUGAAAUUCUCCACUUCAUCAUCAACAGAACAAAAUUUUAACCACCCGUUAAAUCUCACCACGUGCAUUGCUUCUUUGCAAUCAUGUGCCCACCUGAAGAACCUCAAAAAAGGCAUAGAAAUCCACUCUUACAUGUUCAAAAGUGGCCUUGUCGACUCCCCUUUAUCGAUAACUAGCCUUAUUAAUAUGUACUCUAAAUGCAACAGAGUUAGCCAUGCACUUCUAGUAUUUAAUAAUAUGAGUUGUGAAGCUAAUGUUUUUACUUAUAAUGCAAUGAUUUCUGGAUUUUUAUCAAAUGGGUUUGCAGCAAAAGGUUUGGAUUUUUAUAAAGAUAUGAGAGAAUUUGGUGUUUUGCCUGAUAAGUUUACUUUCCCGUGUUUGAUCAAGUGUUGUUGUGAUCUUAUGGAGGUUUUAGAGGUUAAAAAGAUCCACGGAUUGAGUUUUAAACUUGGUUUGGGAUUUGAUGUGUUCAUAGGCAGCGCUUUGGUUAAGACCUACUUGAAGUUUCAAUUAAUGGAGGAGGCGCAAAAGGUGUUUGAGGAAUUGACUGUUCGAGAUGUUGUUCUUUGGAACGCAAUGAUUAAUGGGUAUGCACAGAUUGGGAAAUUGGAUGAAGCUUUGGGGGUUUUUAGGAGGAUGAGUGAAGAAGGGGUUUUGAUAAGUAGAUUCACUGUUACUGGGAUUCUAUCGGUUUUUAGUAUGAUAGGAGAUUUCAACAAUGGAAGAGGGGUUCAUGGAGUUGUGAUGAAAAUGGGUUAUGAUUCAGGUGUUGCAGUUAUGAAUGCUUUGAUUGAUAUGUAUGGAAAGUGCAAAUGUAUUGAUGAUGCAUUGGAGAUUUUUGAAAUGAUGCAGGAGAAGGAUUUGUUUUCAUGGAACUCGAUUAUGGCUGUUCAUGAACAAUGUGGUGAUCAUGAUGGCACUUUGAGGCUUUUUGAUAGGAUGUUACGUGCUGGAGUUCAGCCUGAUUUAGUAACUGUCACUACUGUGCUUCCUGCUUGUUCUCACUUGGCAGCACUGAUGCAUGGUAAAGAAAUUCAUGCAUUUAUGAUUGUUAAUGGUUUGGCAAAGGAUGGUAACUGUGAGGAUGUUACUGAUGUGUUGAUGAACAACUCCCUCAUGGACAUGUAUUCGAAAUGUGGCAGUAUGAGAGAUGCUCACAUGGUUUUCAAUCAGAUGAGUAAGAAGGAUGUGGCAUCGUGGAACAUUAUGAUCAUGGGCUAUGGAAUGGAUGGUUAUGUCAAGGAGGCAUUGGAUAUGUUUUCACAGUUCUGUGAGGCAAAGCUUCAGCCUGAUGAGGUGACUUUUGUGGGCGUUUUGUCAGCCUGCAGUCAUUCAGGCUUUUUGAGACAAGGUCGUGAGUUCUUCGAGCAAAUGGAAUCAAAAUAUGGUGUAUUUCCCACUAUUGAGCAUUAUACUUGUGUCAUUGACAUGCUUGGUCGAGCUGGGAAGCUUAAAGAGGCUUAUGAAUUGGCACUAACAAUGCCUAUUGAGGUGAACCCAGUUGUAUGGAGGACUUUGUUGUCAGCAUGUCGGCUCCAUGCGAAUACAGAUCUUGCUGAGAUUGCAGCACAGCGGGUUUUUGAGCUUGAACCUGGACAUUGUGGAAGUUAUGUUUUGAUGUCUAAUGUCUAUGUGGCAGCUGGCCGAUAUGAAGAAGUAUUAGAUGUUAGGCAUAUGAUGAGGAAACAAAAUGUAAAGAAGACACCAGGGUGUAGUUGGAUUGAACUGAAGAAUGGCGUGCAUACUUUUAUUACUGGUGAUCAGUCGCAUCCUGAAGUGAAGUCUAUAUAUGCUGGAUUGCAGUCAUUGACAGCUCGUCUUUAUGAGAAUGGAUAUGUGCCAAACAUCUAGUGGUAGAUCCAUUUUGAAUGCCAAUAAAUCCACAGAGGACUCUUGAGUGAUAGGAUGUUAUGCAAGGUUGGUUGGUGCUGAUUUUCUCAUAUGUUGCAAAGUAUCAUGUAUAAAUACCAAAAUUGACCACAACAGUGAAGCCCUGCAGAGUAGCAUGCCACAUGAUUGGAUUUUCGAAUUUGAAAUUGCAAAUGGCGACACUUUUGUUCAAAUUUUGCUGGUUUUGAUAGACUCAUAUAUUGGGCUCCUUUUGAAGGGUUUUUCAUGUUGACUGUCUUGCCAGAGGCCUUAAGGCAUAUUUCUGCACUGCAACCUCUGUGUAUAUCCUGCUCUACGCCCUUACGUAUCUUCAGGCUUUGGAUAUUUUUUGGUGCCCAAAGUUGUCAUCUCUUCCUGCUAGCAUUCAGUAUCCCAGCAAUGUACAAAGAUUGAAUUUUUCAAAUUGCCCUGAACUGGUCAAGCGAAUUGAGAAUAGAAACAGGAGAGGAUUGUGAUGGCUACCUGGCAGAGCAACUCUACUGCAGAACUCCUUCCAGGCCAGCACCUCUGCACUCAAUGUAAUCCCCAGCAAACCAACACAACAGCAGUAGUUUCCAGCAAUAGAAUAGGAAACGCAAUCAAGAUAGUGAGAGAAAAUAUGUAUUGUAUUGAAUACUCAAUAAAGUUUGCAAAAUCAAUUCUUCAAUGUAAUGACUAUUUUGCAA